AUGGAAUUUUCACUUAAUCAAGUCACCCUUAAGCAAUGGCAAGAGGACAACAAAUUGUUUGUGGAAAGAAAUGCGAGUAAAGAAGUUGAACGACUAUUGGAUAGUCAGAACAUGGUAAUUGUGACAGGUCACCCAGGAUCUGGGAAAUCUGAAAUCGUGCAUCACGUUGCUCUUAAACUUAGAAAACAAGGUUGGAAUGUGAAAGUCAUUCACACUGUGAGGGUGAUGAUACAAAUUAUAAAUUCAUUCACACGUGGUCUAAAUGAUAAAACCAUUUUUGUACUAAAUGAUCCAAUUGGCAAAGAUUCAUUUGAUGAAAUAGAAUAUACUAUAUGGAGAAAAUAUGAGGAAUCUUUAAAGGUUUGUUUAAAGAAAAUCAAACUUCUUAUGUCGUGCAGAAAAUAUAUUUUGAGUGAUGAUAAAGUAAAGGGACUUUUAAAAAAUGAAUCAACAAUAGUAGAUAUAACCUGCAAUCAAUUUAAAUUGAGUUAUGAAGAAAAAGAAAAAAUAUGGAGAAAGCACGCUCUUGACGAAGAUGUAUCUAAAGAGGAAUUAAAGCAAAUUGUCCAAACAGAAACGUAUUUUCCUUUAUUAUGCAAACUAUAUGUUCACCAUAAAAUCAAUAAAAAGGAAAAACUAAGAUUUUUCAAAGCACCAGUAGAGCUUUUUGAAGAGGAAUUACGAAAUUUCAGAGAAUCAUGCAAAGAAAAAUACUGUGCUUUAAUUCUCCUUGUAUUGUUUAACAAUAAAUUUUGCGUUGAAGAUAUAAGGGGGUCCGUGAUAUCAAGAAACAAGUAUGAAUUUGCUUUAGAAGUGUGUGAAAUGAAGAAAGACACAUCAACUUAUGAAAUUAUUAACGCUUUUGAAGCUCUACAAGGAUCUUUUGUCAAGAAAAUUGGCGAUACGUAUCAUUUUUAUCACGACCUUAUUAUGGGAGUUACCGGCCUUGUGUUUGGAAAAGACUAUCCUUUUCAAAUAAUACAUUAUGCAGAUAUUGGUUUUCUAAAACAAAAAGUUAAAUUAAGUCAUCACGACACGAGAGAUCGAUUCACUAUAUAUUUAAGUGACAAAUACAUUUAUGCUCUUGGGGGAAGACUUUUUAAUGGUAUUUUAGGAGAACAUUUACUAGAUAUUGUACUCAACCCCUGUUUAAAGGACGCAAGAGUGAUUGACGUUUUUAUCAAGGAAUUGGAACGCCAUCCAGAAAAACUGAAAAUGCUGCUUGAAAAGAAAAGGCUUCAAAUUGAUAAUCAAGAAAUGAAUCAGCCGAUCAGUCAUUGGUUUUGGUCUAAACUUGCAUUUGUGAGUUUAAAAGACAAAAUAUCGCCUCUUUGUGCUAUUAUCAUAUUUUGCGAUACACGGUUAUCCUUAUAUUGUCUAAAAUCCCUUCAACAAAUGCCAAACUAUCUUAUAGGCAAUUCUGUUUUUUCUUCUAUAUGCUGCAAUGGCUCAAAAUAUAUGUUUGCUAUGCUCAGAAAACAUCUUGCUAGAAAAUCAUUGACAGAGAAAUGGAAGUUUUUUUAUCCAAUACACAUUGCAUCCGUAUUUAAAAAUAACGAAAUACUGCGUGAACUGCUUCAGAUGGGUGCCGAUGUGAAUCUCAAGACUGCCAAUGAAAAUUACUGGACUCCAUUAACGCUAGCAGCAGCUAGAAACAAUACUGAAGAAAACGAAGAAACUGACAUUAAAAAAUCUCUUCAGUUAAGGCGCCAUGACACGGUACAACUUUUAUUAAGUAACAGCGCAUGUAUCAAUUUAUGUAACGGAGACGGGGCAAGUCCUCUUUAUAUAGCUUGUGAAGCUGGGCAUGAAGACCUCGUUAAACUCUUUCUAUACAGUGAAGCAGACAUUAACUUACGCAUGAAAAGUGGAGCCAGUCCUCUUUACAUUGCUUGUCAAGAGGGACACGGUAUAAUUGUUACCCUUUUACUGAAACAGGGAGCAGUCCUUAAUUUAAGAACAAAAGAUGGACCUAGUCCUCUCUCUAUAGCUUGCAAAAAGGGAUACACUGAGGUUGUUCAACAAUUAGUGCAUUAUGGAGCUAACAUUAAUGUUUGUAAUAAAUAUGGAGCCAGUCCUCUCUUUCAAGCUUGUCAGCAAGGACAAGAAGGCAUUGUUCAGCUUUUACUCAGUUAUGGAGCAGAUAUUAAUUUAAGUAAUGAAUAUAAAGCAAGCCCUCUCUUAACAGCUUGUUUACACGGACAUGUUAGCAUUGUACAACUUUUACUAGAAAAUGGAGCAGAUGUCAAUUUGUGUAACAAAUACGGAGCCAGUCCUCUCUAUGUAGCUUGUAAACAUGGACAAAAUAGCAUUGUACAACUUCUCAUUACUUAUGGAGCAGAUAUCAAUUUAUGUAUGAAAAACAAAGAUAGUCCUUUCCAUAUAUCUUGUAAAAAUGGAUAUGAUAAAAUUGUUGAACUUCUGAUGAGUAAUGGCGCACUUAUCAAUUCAUGUAAUGAAAACGGACACAGUCCUCUCCAUAUUGCUUGUCAACAUGGACAUAAUACAAUUGUACAACUUCUACUGCAUAAUGGAGUAGAUAUUAAUUUAUGUAACGCGAACAAAGCUGCCUUAUUCAGGACGGAGAGUGAGCACAACGGCCUGGACGACAGUCUGAUCAGCCACCAGAGAAAGGAACCAUGGCUAGCCUCUCCGAGGAAAGCCUACUGUGAAAGACUGACAAGCCAAAAUGACUGCAUUGCCUACAGUACCAAGAGGACAAUCUCUCUUUGGCCUAUCAAAAACACUUAA